GGAAUCCCCUGACUCAAGCGUGAGUGGUAAGUGGGAGUCAUCAGGAGCAGAUGAGUUUGACAAAUGUGGACCUCAACCCCAGCCCCAUCAACGCGCCGCCAGCUGUCGAGAUGUCUACCAGUCCCUGUUUACCUGCUUCCCUGACCGAACACGAUACACCACACAUGAACGCCGGGUCGAAGGAAGAUGUACUGAAAGGGUUUAGAGCUUUGCAAGCAAACGUCGUUGAGCUUGAUAUGAACCUUCAAAAGUUCGCUAUUUGCGUUAACCAGUUUGGUGGCUCUGCCAAACUUGUCCGGACUGUGGGCAGUCUUCGCGAUCGACUAAAACGUUGUCUAGUUUGUUUUCGGAAAAACGUCUCCGGAUUGUAUGCCGAUCUUGACCAAGACCGUUCCAAUGUCGAGUAUAAGCGCUUUACCUUCCAUGUGGCAAACGCUGAAGAGAAGGUUCAUGAUCUAUUAUCUUCUUUGCGGGGCAACCUGGGCGAAUUUGUUGCAUGCCUCAACGAGUUUCCUGAAUUCGCAGAUCAAAAUGUCAUCACAUCCGCCGAACUAUUCCUGGUAGACUUGAAAUACUGGGGGCCUUGUCUCGGAGAUUACAAAUCUCGAUACGAUGACGAAGAUGUCAGGUUGUAUGUCAACGAUGUCUCGGUAAAGAUAAGGGAGCACCUGGAGAUAGUAUCGCAAGCUAUCCUGAACUUUACUGCGAUUGGUAUACCAGCAAUUGAAUCCUCCCAAGACCGGAUGACCAAGUCGCUACAGAAUCUUUCGACUGUUGCUGUCCUGUUCUCAGGCGUCACUGCAACAACCAUUCAAUUUAGCUAUCAAAGUUUUAAUACACGAACUCAGAAAGCCAUCAAUCUAUUAUGGAUAAUUUCUCUGGUUUUCUCCCUUGCCAGUGCGAUGAACAGUCAACUUGCUUACCAUUGGCACUAUGCUCCCUACCGCUCACCACCUGAACAUUUGCCCUGGUGGGUCUCUAUCUGGAUAUCGCACACCCCUCUUAGUUUUCUGGUGGCUUCUGUUAUCGCCUUCUCGGCAGGACUCGUGUGUUUUGCAUUCGAAAACUUCAGUAAAUCUCCUCUAGUACCCAUAAUAAUCACUACUUGCACCUCAAUCUCGUCCUUCGCUCUCCUAACCAUUGGCCUUUGGUUUGUCGGAGAGCACUACACUCACCAAAAAUUUGAAGGGGAUAAGUGGCUCAAUGAACUUGUCAAUAAAUAUGCAUUGGCAUUGUGUAAUCUUGUGGUUGCACCCAUAGGUCAUCUCCUGCUCUCAAGUGGGGACAAUGAGCCUGACGAUCGCAUGGAACUAGGCCUUUCAAUGCACACUGAAACUACCCAGAUCCCUGAGACGAGACAGGAGCACUUGAACAGCUCAGUAGCUGGGGUCAAUGCCUUGGGGUUGAACAGACCAUUUCCCCAACCCGCUUUACAGAGCCCUCCACUGGAAACAUUUCCCAACUCUGAUAUCGAGCAGGAGCCCACGGAAUCCAAAUUGCUGAGCCUCAGUACCAUUGAGCAUACCAUCAAAUCCCUCCAAAACACAGAAUCUAUCCCGACUCACUUCUCUAUCUCAAGCAUGCAAUUCAGUCCAGAUGGAGGAUACCUUGCAACAAGUUUCCGAUCCACUUGUAUGAUUUGGAAGCUUGGUACACCAUUCACUGUUCAUGCAGAAUGCAUCAAUGCUGGACGAUUCCCAGAACUAUCAUGGUCUCCUGAUGGACAGUAUCUCCUUCUGUGCUCCGAACUCAAGAUUUCAAUAUGGGUGUUGGAGACCAAACAGCUACGGAUCUUCCGCGAGUUUCCCGAGGGCAUGAUAUGGCGAGGGUCUUGGAUGCCAAGUUCUCCCAAGGUCAUCAUGAACAGAGGGAGGGAAUUCACUAUUGCGCCAAUUGAUAGCUUAGAAGACAGAUGGGUCCCUCUUCCGCCUCCGUGGGCCCUUCGUGAUGUCGCUGUUGCUCAAGAUGAGGAAAGGUUAUUGGCCGUGGCAACUCGAAGCGAAUUACCUGAGAGACAGACUCUGUCAAAUAUUGAACAUUUAGAGAAAUGUAUCCUUGUCUAUAACUUGCAAUUGGGAGUCAUUGAAAGAAAAAUUCCGAUGCUUCGUGAGGCUCAGCAUAUCGAAUUAAGCAGGUCAUUUGCACUGGUUAGUUUCAGUGACAGGACACCCCCCCAGCUCUACAAAAUUUCGAAGGAGGGCAUUCGACCACAGAUGAAACGUCUGAAUUCUUAUCACCCUCUAUCCACUACUACCCUCUAUCAACAAACUUUCCUGGGACAAUUCCCUCAUCAAGGCACCAUGGAUAUGGUUGUAGUGUCAUUGGAUAAGGACGGAACCGCUCACUUCUGGGAUUGCCAGACAGCAGUGUUGCUCCAUUCCCUACAGCUUUCCAGACAAGGAGAGACAGACACCCUUACUCUGGCCUGGAACAAAGCCAAUGAAAAACAAUUGAUGAUUGCCAGUGGAGGGACUGAUGGGACAAUCAAGAUCUGGACCUCCAAAUGGGGUGAAAGCAAAAAUUCUCAAUCUGCAGAAGAUUCGGCAGGGCAUGUGGAGAGAACCAGAUUGAGGGUGGUUGGAUGAGAUUAUGGUAGACUCUAAAUUUGGAAAGAUUAUGCAAAAUAGAUGUAAAUACAGGGUUCAAGGUUGUUCCUCC